AUGGGUCGAAGUAGAGUAUUGAGGAAGCAGAGUAUUGAGGAAUCAGUCAGGUGGUUCCUUGAAUGCAAAAAUAAGGUUGAAGCAAAAUUAUGGGUGACCCAACAUAGUAGGAGUAGGAAGUGCCAAUCAACAAUUGCAACAAUAAAGGAUGAGAGUCAGAUGUUUCAGAGAAAGCUAAUUCUACCAAGAGUUAGAACGAGGAGAUAUAAACAAAUUAGUAGUGAGAUGAAAGAUGGAGCUCAAUGCUUCAAUAUCCUGACACAGAUGGAAGGCACUAACAACAACCAAAUGAGUGAUAUUCCUCCUAUACAGUUCAUGUUUCCAUUACUGGGAGGAAAAGGAACAAUGAUAUCAAUGGAAUUGCAAGAUUUGCCAGAAGGAUGCAUUGCAAAAAUACUGUCAUACACCUCUCCUAUGGAUGCAAGCAGGUUUUCCUUAGUUUCCAAAGCCUUUUGUUCUGCAGCUGAAUCUGACUCUGUAUGGGGUGGUUUUCUCCCCAUUUUGGCCUCUACCUUUCCUCCUUCUUCCUUUCCUUUCUCUAGCUCUAAGAAGGAUCUCUAUUUCAAUCUCUGCAACCACCCCACCAUCAUUGAUCAGGGUAAAAAGAGUGUUCAAUUGGACAAAAGGACCGGGAAGAAGUGUUACAUGCUUUCUGCUAGAAAUCUGGACAUUAUAUGGGGUGACACUGUUCAACAUUGGGAGUGGACAAUCCUGCCAGAGUCAAGGUUCCAAGUAGUUGCUGUGCUUCGUGCUGUGUGCUGGUUUGACAUUAGUGGGAGGAUAAACACCCUUGCCCUGUCUUCAAAUACUCAUUAUGCAGCUUUUCUUGUGUUUAAGAUGAUCAAUGCAAGUGGAUUUCACUACCAUCCCACAGUGUUAUCAGUUGGUAUUUCUGGAGGCAGUACCAACACCAAAUAUGUUUGUCUGGACCUCAACUUGAACAAUAAUCGCUUAACAGAACUACAAUGUCCUAAAGUGAGAAGUGAUGGCUGGUUGGAGAUUGAGAUGGGAGAGUUCUUCAAUUCAGGCCUAGAAGAAGACCAAGUGCAAAUGAGAGUCAUGGAGACAACAAGUCAUAUUUUGAAGUGUGGUUUCAUUCUUGAAGGAAUAGAAAUUAGGCUUAAACAUGUCUGA